AUGUCUUACGUGAAGGCUACCUGCUCUUGUCUGGAAUUAGCCAUUGAAGGAGAGCGACUCUGUCGUGCUGGCGAGCUUCAAGAUGGUAUCUCUUGUUUUCAUUCCGCAUUGUCUCGUGGUACUACUGAUUUGCGGUGUCUCUCGGCCAUUUAUUGUCAACUUGGCAACGCAUAUUUCUGGAGAGAAAACUAUGCAGACGCUCUUGAGUACCAUAGACUGGAUCUCGCUCUGGCACGAAGCACCGGUGUUAUAAUGAAUGAAGCUCAAGCUAGCGGAAAUUUAGGAAACACAUUGAAGAUGUUAGGAAAAUACGACAAGGCUGUCGUAUGUUUCAAUCGCCAGCUGGAUCUAGCUCGUCAAUUGGAGGACAAGCAACUGGAAGCUCGGGCUCUGUACAAUUUGGGCAGUGUUUUUCAUGCCAAAGGCAAACAAUGGGCCCGUCAAGUCGGUCAAUCAGAUCCCGGGGAGUUUCCUACCGAAGCAGCUGAGGCCCAACGUAAAGCAUUGGACUACUUCACUCAAAAUUUGACUUUGGUUCGCGAAUUGGGUGAUCGUCCGGCUGAAGGUCGUGUUUAUGGGAAUUUGGGUAAUACACACUAUCUGUUGGGACACUUUCACAAGGCAGUGGAAUGUCAUCAAGAGGUAAGUUGCGCACUUCUCCUAUGUGCUUAUCUUUCUGUCCGCAUGUUUACAACCCUUGUUCGGUCUUGA